AUGGAUUCAAGUAGGAACUCGCGACCAUCUUGGGGGUCACCACCCGGAAAUGCCUCUCCCUUAUCCAUAUCCGGAACCCAAAGCGUCCUCCGCCAAUCUAUCCGCCCUUCACAGCCUGCGAGGCCUGAUACGGAGAAGGAGGAGCUCCGCAUACAAGUUAGCGCAUUACGAUAUGAACUGGAGAACUUCAAGCAAGAACGGGAUCUGAUGGUCUUGCGUCAUGAGAAAGAGCUUCGGGAUUUACAACUGAAGGCCGACGGGGACUUCAAAAGGGCACAGGCUGCGGAAUCCGCUAGCAAUCGCGCUGCCCAUAAAAGCGAGACACUUGCGAAGGAAUUGAAGGAGACCCAGGAACAAACAUUAACUGAGAAAGUCGGACUCGAGCGGAAAAUCCGAGGUCUUCAGGAUGAGAAGCAGAAUCUACAAGAGGAGAUGAAUGAGACCCAGGCUCAGCUACUCGACCAGGAAAGGCAACAUAAGCACCAGAUCAACGAACUAGAGACUAUCCGCUCGUCACUCCAAAAGACGCUCGAAGAAUUGCAGAAUGACCUACAAAGUGUGCGGAGUAACCUACAAUCGACUCAGGAGAAGCUGACUCAGCGAGAAAUGGAUAUCGGGACUCUUGAAACAGAGAAUAUUCGCUUGAAAACAGAGGGGGCUGAUGGGGAAACAUUAACGGUACUGAAAAGAGAGCUUUCCGACCAAGUGAGUCACAUCAGAAAUCUGGAAACAGCGAACCGCGACCAGACCGCGGAAUUGCGCCACCUGCGGAAGGUUCAGAAGAAUGUCGAGGUUGUGGAGGAACAAAAGAAGUCGCUAGAGAAUCAACUGCAACUCAUGAAAGACGUGGAGUCGGAGCUGGGAACCCUCCAGAUACAGAAGCAAAUUCUCGAGGACGAGCGAAGCUCGUGGACCAGCCUCUUGCAGGAGAAUGAUCAACCUGCCGAAUUUGACUCACCGGAGGCAGUUGUCAAAGCUCUGCUGCAGGAGCGGAUCGAAAAAGUGGCUUUGGUUGAUAAGAUGGGCAGCAUCGAGGCACAAUUUCUGGAGAAAGACGAAACAAUUCAAAGCUUAGAGAAGGAAAGAGUCAAUCUUCGUCAAGAGCUGGAGAAAUUGUGUCCUGCAGGUGCUGCAGCUGGAGGAGCGAUGGCCGAGAGCCGGAUUAGAGCCCGCCUCGAACGUCAGCGGGCUCUUUCGGUCAAAGAGGUCGAAUAUCUUCGCGCUCAGUUGAAGACGUUCGACACGGAAGAGGUCACGAUGAAUGCGGAACAGAGCCAGUUCGACGAACACAAGUCGGAACAGAUUGCCAACUUGGAGAAGCUCGUCGAUGAGUACCGUGCGGAAGUUCAAAAGGCCCAUGAGGAACUUGCGAAGCGCGAGGCCCCUCAGCAGAACGAUGCCGAGCCUCGCGGGCUCAAGCGACCACUAUCUCCUGCAGAGAGCGACGCAGAGAGUGAGCGACUAUCCGUUUUAUCCCGGAAAAAUCGGACGCUGCAGGAUUCGCUCUCCAAAUCCGAACAGGCCGCAACCCUCCUUCGUCGCGAGCUUGACGCCACCAAGUCUCAGCUCAAAUCGCUAAAGGCCAAGUCUCGCACGCGUAUCCUAGAACUACGUGACAAUCCCACCGCAGAGGCAGAGAAUAUCAAAAUGUCCACGCUCACGACCCUCCGCGAAGAAAACCGCGAUCUCCUAGCCCAGUUACAGGGCAAUCAUGCAGAUGUCAAAGUCGUCCCAGUCAGCACGCUCGAGAGCAUGAAACUAGACAUCGUUGAGAUGGAAAAGGUAGUCGCCGACAAGGAAAAGCGCAUGCGCCGCCUCAAGGAGAUCUGGACCGCCAAAUCCUCCGAGUUCCGCGAAGCAGUCGCCUCACUCCUGGGGUACAAGCUCGAUUUCCUCCCCAACGGACGCGUCCGUGUUACCUCAAUGUUUCACCUCUCUGCAGCCUACCGCCAUGGUGAUCAGGAUGCCUCGUCCGACUCCCGCGGCCCAGGAAGCAUGGGUAACGGUGAGGAGAAUUCGAUUAUCUUUGAUGGUGAGAACGGGACAAUGAAGAUCUCCGGCGGGCCCAACAGUCUCUUCGCGAUGGAAAUAAAGCACCUGAUCAAGUUUUGGGUCGAGGAGCGGAAAGAUAUACCCUGUUUCCUUGCGGCGAUGACACUCGAUUUCUAUGAUAAGACUACACGGGCGGCGAGGAUGUAG